AUGUCAAAUGGAAGUGCACCUAAAGACACGGCUAUGAGCGGCGGUGGUGCGACCGGAGGCGCCACCAGCGACAAGGUGAUGCUGGUUUGCACGACGUGCCACAACAAGGUGAUGCAGGACGUGCGCGAGCUGUCCGAGAAGGUGAUACCGGGAUUCCACGACAACAAGUAUUCAUUCGCCUGUCGCCAGUGCAGCUCGUCCAAGACGCCAAUGUUGUUCCACUUGGGCAAAUCGUGGAAGUGUGUCAUUCACACGGCGCUGUUCAACCUGGAGCGCAUGACGGGCAAUCGCUUCUUCCAUCACUCGGACGUCACCUCCUACGUCAUGAAGUACCCGCACGUCUUUUUGCACGACAAGUCGUUGGCCGACAUCUCCAAGGCCGUCUCAAUGGCCUUCUUCAACAACAAGGGCUACUUUGUCUCGGGCGGACCCUACACGGGCAAGUGGGCCAACCCCAAGCCAUCCGAGGUGGACUCGCUCGAGGGCGACAGCGUGGGCGCCGACUCACCAAUGGACGCCAUAUCGACCUACCCGUCCAGCAGCGAGCACGACAAACAUGACUCCAAGCUUGAGCGCGACCACGCCUCCUCCUCCAACUCGCACCAUCACUCACGCGACCGUGAGCGCACCUACAUCGAUGUGAAGGAGCGUGACAAGGAGAGAGUGAUGUCUCGAAGCAACAGUCGUGGCCGCUCGCCAAGCCGCACCAAGCACCAGAGUGGUGGCAGCAGCAGGAGCAACAGUCGCAGUCGCUCAAGAAGCCGCAGCUCAUCAUCCAACUCUGACUCUGGCCACAACUACCGUCGCUCCUCAUCCUCACGCUCCUCCUCACGUUCCAACUCUGACUCUGAGUCCGACUCUGACGAGGCAGACUACAAGUCCACCGUCACCUGUACAGGAUGCAAGAAUGAUGCUGUCCUAGAGUUCAAUGCCAAUCGAGUACUUCCAGGUCCAUUUGACAAGAACUAUGAGUAUACUUGCAAGUAUUGUACAGCCAAUGGAGCCGAGCCUAUACUGAAGCAUAUGCCAAAGUCGUGGACAAAGAUCAUUCAUACGGCAUUGCACAAUUUGGAGCUGGAGAAGGGCAUUCGCUUCCACUCACGCAAGGACAUCUUCCAGUACGUGGCCUCGCAUCAGAAGGACCUAGUGUCGGAGCCCAAGCAAGACGUCAGUCUGGCCAUCAUCAACUACAUCCUCUCGUCUGGCCGCAGCUUGUUUAUCAACUCGUGCAUCAACUCGCGUCUGUGGUGCAACCGAAAGAAGCGUGACAAGGUUGAGUUUGACGGUCGCGGCGUGCUGGUGCUCAGCAAGGAGCUGGACAAGAAACAGCAGCUGGGCAUCACUGGCGACCAGCAGUACAGCGACGAUGGCGGCGUGGGACCAUCCACACACAGCCACGGCGGCAGCUCCAGUGUCUCCUCUACGCACCACAGCAGUAGCUCGGGUGCCAGCAGUGGCGGCCACUAUGGUCAGGGCAGCAUGGCGCCUGGCAACGGCGGCGCGUCACAAGGUCCGGCCAAGCUGACACCACUCUAUUGUAACGCAUGCAAGCUGGUGUUUGUCAAUGGUGCGGCCGAGCUCCUGGAGAACAAGAAGUCGAUCAUACCAUCGCACAUUGACACGCGAUACAUAUACACGUGUGCCAAGUGCAAUGACAAGAAGGUGGCCACACUCAUACAUCUGCCCAAGUCAUGGAAGGUGAUCGUGCACACCACACUCUACAAUCUUGAGCUUGGCAGUGGCAGCAAGUUCUCAUCCAACAAAGCACUCUACUCCUUCAUCUCGGAGAAUGCAUCCACAUUGCUACUGGGCGGCAAGACAAUUGACUACUUGAACAAGAACUUGAGUGGAGUGCUGUCGUCGUACAAGAACCUGUUCUGCUCCUCUGGUAGGAAUAUGUGGGGCAACGUGUCCCAGGACGACAAGAAGCAAGUUGGCGGACAGAGUGGCGCUCAUCAUCACAGCAGCUCAAGCAGCAGCAGCAGCGGCAGCGGCAACAACACAUCAAUAGUGAUCAGUAGCGCAAACUCAAGCAGCAACAACAACAACAACUAUGAUGACGAUCAUAGUGAUGAGGAAUCAUCAAAGACUACAAAGAGACUCAAGCUUACCAUUCCAAAUGUGUCGCAUAGGGAAAGCUCCACCUCCUCGUCCAGCGUCAGCACGGCCGCUUCCAACGAAAGCCACAGCCACCACCAUAGUAGCAGCAGCGGCAGCCACCAUGGCGGCGCCGACGACGACCUACCCACAGCGUCGUUGGGCAAGAGGAAGCACAGUGAUGCCCCAUCUUCCUCAAGUGGCACCUCCACAUCGUCCACCUUCACCUCCUCAACGUCACACACAAAGAAGGCCUCGUCCACCAGCUCACCCUCGUCCAAGGCGCCAAAGGUCUCGGCCGUCCUGGACGAGGACCUUCUGGAGGACAACAUGGAUGUCAACAUCUACGACGAGCGCAUCCAGAACACCGUGGGCUUCCUCACCGGCCUGGGCCUGACCACCGAGCUUGGACAGCUGCGUCGCGAGAUCGAGGAAUUGGAGAUUCCCGAGCUUAAGGGUCUAGAGUUCCGCUUCCUGCUACGUCGCUCGCCAAUCGCUCUCAAGCAGGAGGCCCAGUAUACAGUGCGCGACUGUCUACUGAACGUCUCGCACACAGUGUCGGUUGGCAUUCGUUCGGUGAUCCCCAACGCUUCAGCGGCAUCGUCCACCAACAUUGACGUGACCUCGUUGUCGACCAAUCCAUUCUAUAUCGUCUUCUCACAGCUGCUGAACCAAUCGCUGCACUCCCCAACCAUGAUGUCACCGACAACUCUUGGUCAGAAGCUACUGAUUGAGCACAACAACAACCACAGCAGCAGUGGCAGUAUCAAUCACAGUCAAAGCGCAUCAUCAAUGCCACCCAGCGUGUCAAUCUCAGGAGGCAACGGCAACAACAGUAAGGCAGAGAUGUCGCCUACCACAUUCAAGGCACCACUCUCACUGCCCGACCUGGCCACCGCCAACACCGAGCUACUACCGCUGCCCCAAAAGGAUGGCCAAUUCCUCGAGAAGGUGAUCAACACCCCAGAGAUGACGGGCGCCGACCAAGUGCCAACGAUGGCCACCUCCUCACAUGAAUGA